AUGGACUACAUCGAUGCUGGCCCAGUCGCCACUGUUUCUCUGAAUACGGUUGUCCAGUCCCAGUUUCGGGAGGGAUGCUUUAGCUCCCCUGAUGAUCCUUGCAGUCUGCCUACUGGCUUCCCCGUACAUUUGGACAGCCAACUCGCAUGGUCUGGGGCCCAGUUCAAGCACCACGCUGAAUACGUUCUCCAAUUGACCGGUGCGGAGCUGUCCGAGGUCUCGUCUGCCCUCCAUAAGUUCAAGGGUCUCGAGUUGGAUGGUGACCUUGUCACUCGUGACAAUUUUCCCCUCCCUACGCUGGAAUCCAAGCUCGCCGCCAUCAGCCACGAUUUGCAUGACGGCAAGGGAUUUUCCGUCAUUCGAGGAAUUAACCCCAACGACUACUCAGUUGAGGACCUCACUACUAUCUGGCUUGGGCUCCAAGCCCACAUCGCCGAUGAACCGGGUCGUCAGGACCACAAGGGGAACAUGCUGGUUCACAUUGUUGCCGACAGUUCAUCAAAGAUGAAAGCGGGUCACCACCGUCACUCCACUGCCGCCAUCACUUUCCACAAUGAAGAGGCAGGCGACGUCGUCAGUUGGUUGACGAGAAGCACAGCAGCCGCUGGGGGGAAAUGCAUUAUUGCGUCUGCUUACACGAUUUACAACGUUCUUGCUGCCCACCGGCCUGAUAUCAUUCGUACACUGGCCAAGUCCGACUGGCCAUUUGCCAUGCCGCGUUUCCAGUGCCGGCCUGUCAUCUACAACCAUGAAUCAAGACUGAUCAUGAAUCUCAGCGGCCGCUCUCAUCUCAUCGGGAGUGACAUCCACCCACGGCCAGACCAUCUGCCCAAGGUGACGGAUCGGCAGCGCGAGGCACUUGAUGCAAUCGAGGCUAUUGCACAGGCAACUCAACUUGAGAUUCAAACCCAGGCCGGUGACAUGCACUUCAUCAACAACCUUGCUGUACUCCACCGACGGGAGGGGUUUGUCGAUGGCUCCACCGGCCAAGAGAAGAGACACCUGGUGCGCAUGAGACUACGCAACUCACAGUUGGGAUGGGCCAUACCCGACGCUCUCCAACGUGGGUGGCACGAUGCCUUCGAUAAAAAGGCCAUCAAGACAUGGCACUUGGCGCCGAUGCCGGGCGACGAAUUUCCGCUGCGCAAGUACACAAACUAG